AAGUUAUCAAUGUUAAACGUUACGCAGUGAUAGAAAAAUAUUUCCACACCGAAAAUUUUUAACCGAGACUAGGAAAAAAAAAUGAAAUUUAUCGAAUUUCGGAUUAUUUUAUUUAUUGCAUCAUGGACAAUGCUUCAUGGACAUAUACUACAAGGCCUUAAGAAUAAAUUGCAUUAUAAACAUACUGUUAUCACGGACAAUGAUGAAAAUCAUGUUGGAUAUGAUGUUGAGGCUGAUGAAAGCAAUAAUCAUGAAAUUGGUGUAAAAUCCCAGAAAAGUCUUAAAUAUAGUAUCAAUAUCGAUCCAGUAGGAACACUAAGUAACACAUUUAAGUACGGAGUUGAUGUAAGUAAAAAAGUCGGAGGUUUGUCGAGUACAGCAAUACAAACGGGAAAAGAAGCGAUAGUGUCUGCAGCUGAAAAGUUGGGUAGUAUCGUUUCAAAAAAAAGUAAAGUAACAGUUGAUUACAAGGUCGAAAAAAAUGUCAUGAAAUCUCAUGAAUUACAUGGGUCUAUGAGUACAAACCAUGGCGUUGAAGUUGCAACCGGAUUAAAAGGAUCGAGCGGAGAAAUAAAUAUUCAACUAUAUAAAAACGGUCAACAUCAGUAUGGAACAAAUUAUGAUCACAAAUCAUCAGUUACAGCUAAUAAUGCGUAUCAGACAAGCCUACUCAAUCCAGGAAUAUCAGUGUUAUCGAGCCAAUCGCUAUACGGAGGUACCACUGGAACGAAUGUCGGAGUAAAUUCAGAGCUACAUCAAGGAGAAUCGACAGUUAAUUAUAAUCAGGAAACAACUGGAUUUAGUGGUCAUGGAUUUCAAGCCCAUGGAUCGAAAUCAACGGAGCACUUCAGCUAUGGCAGUCCUCAACUGACGAUUGAAUUGAAUAAAAACGGUCAACAUCAGUAUGGGACAAAUUAUGAUCACAAAUCAUCAGUUACAGCUAAUAAUGCGUAUCAGACAAGCCUACUCAAUCCAGGAAUAUCAGUGAUAUCGAGCCAAUCGCUAUACGGAGGUACCACUGGAACGAAUGUCGGAGUAAAUUCAGAGCUACAUCAAGGAGAAUCGACAGUUAAUUAUAAUCAGGAAGCAACUGGAUUUAGUGGUCAUGGAUUUCAAGCCCAUGGAUCAAAAUCAACGGAGCACUUCAGCUAUGGCAGUCCUCAACUGACGAUUGAAUUGAAUAAAAACGGUCAACAUCAGUAUGGGACAAAUUAUGAUCACAAAUCAUCAGUUACAUUUAAUAAUGCGUAUCAGACAAGCCUACUCAAUCCAGGAAUAUCAGUGAUAUCGAGCCAAUCGCUAUACGGAGGUACCACUGGAACGAAUGUCGGAGUAAAUUCAGAGCUACAUCAAGGAGAAUCGACAGUUAAUUAUAAUCAGGAAGCAACUGGAUUUAGUGGUCAUAGAUUCCAAGCUCAUGGAUCGAAAUCAACGGAGCACUCCAGCUAUAGCAGUCCUCAACAACUGACGAUUGAAUUGAAUAAAAACGGUCAACAUCAGUAUGGGACAAAUUAUGAUCACAAAUCAUCAGUUACAGCUAAUAAUGCGUAUCAGACAAGCCUACUCAAUCCAGGAAUAUCAGUGAUAUCGAGCCAAUCGCUAUACGGAGGUACCACUGGAACGAAUGUCGGAGUAAAUUCAGAGCUACAUCAAGGAGAAUCGACAGUUAAUUAUAAUCAGGAAGCAACUGGAUUUAGUGGUCAUAGAUUCCAAGCUCAUGGAUCGAAAUCAACGGAGCACUCCAGCUAUAGCAGUCCUCAACAACUGACGAUUGAAUUGAAUAAAAACGGUCAACAUCAGUAUGGGACAAAUUAUGAUCACAAAUCAUCAGUUGCAGCUAAUAAUGCGUAUCAGACAAGCCUACUCAAUCCAGGAAUAUCAGUGUUAUCGAGCCAAUCGCUAUACGGAGGUACCACUGGAACGAAUGUCGGAGUAAAUUCAGAGCUACAUCAAGGAGAAUCGACAGUUAAUUAUAAUCAGGAAGCAACUGGAUUUAGUGGUCAUAGAUUCCAAGCUCAUGGAUCGAAAUCAACGGAGCACUCCAGCUAUAGCAGUCCUCAACAACUGACGAUUGAAUUGAAUAAAAACGGUCAACAUCAGUAUGGGACAAAUUAUGAUCACAAAUCAUCAGUUGCAGCUAAUAAUGCGUAUCAGACAAGCCUACUCAAUCCAGGAAUAUCAGUGUUAUCGAGCCAAUCGCUAUACGGAGGUACCACUGGAACGAAUGUCGGAGUAAAUUCAGAGCUACAUCAAGGAGAAUCGACAGUUAAUUAUAAUCAGGAAGCAACUGGAUUUAGUGGUCAUAGAUUCCAAGCUCAUAGAUCGAAAUCAACGGAGCACUCCAGCUAUAGCAGUCCUCAACAACUGACGAUUGAAUUGAAUAAAAACGGUCAACAUCAGUAUGGGACAAAUUAUGAUCACAAAUCAUCAGUUGCAGCUAAUAAUGCGUAUCAGACAAGCCUACUCAAUCCAGGAAUAUCAGUGUUAUCGAGCCAAUCGCUAUACGGAGGUACCACUGGAACGAAUGUCGGAGUAAAUUCAGAGCUACAUCAAGGAGAAUCGACAGUUAAUUAUAAUCAGGAAGCAACUGGAUUUAGUGGUCAUAGAUUCCAAGCUCAUAGAUCGAAAUCAACGGAGCACUCCAGCUAUAGCAGUCCUCAACAACUGACGAUUGAAUUGAAUAAAAACGGUCAACAUCAGUAUGGGACAAAUUAUGAUCACAAAUCAUCAGUUGCAGCUAAUAAUGCGUAUCAGACAAGCCUACUCAAUCCUGGAAUAUCAGAGUUGUCGAGCCAAUCGCUAUACAGAGGUUCCAUGAGUGUGAACAUCGGCGUUAGCAAAAGUAUUGCUGACAAACACCAUUUCGAAGAUAAAGUAGAGCUGAAAAAUAAUCUAAACUCAAACUCUGAGGGUAUACUUCACAAACCCUUUAAGCUUGUUUCUCGUGUUGCUGGAAAACUUCGAGACGCUGCUGAAUCUGCAGCAAAGACAGGAAAAACUAGAGCUCAAACUGCAGCUCAAUUAUUAAAAAAUGGUAUUACAAUUAAAAGUGAAAUAUCAUUGAACCACGAAGUCGAUAAUCACGUAUCGAGUUCUCAUCAUUGAUAAUUCAUGAAUGAGUUAGAAAUAGAUUUGUGUCAAUUAGACAAUUUACUAAAAAAUUAAAGAUAUUCUCUCAUCAUCAAA